AUGGAAACAUUUUCAAAAGACACUUUGUUCAACGAUCUUCCGCAAUCCAUCAAACAGAAGAUAGUAAACAUAAGAAACCUAAGCAUACAAUACAGAAGCAUUCCUCAGACGGUGUAUGCUUCUGGGGUUAAGGGUGAUUCUUCUGAGCUUGCAUUUUUCGAGCAUGUCUCAGUUCCUUCUUCAAAGAGUCUUUGCGAUACAUUUUUGAGAAUGGCACAGGCGAUCGAAAAGCUUGAAAGUGUCGAUGCGACAUGUGACUUAAAGAAGGAGCUAGCUGAGUUUUCGGAAUUUGUCAAUUUUUACAGAUUGGAAACCAACAACAUUGAUUUUAUAGGCGAACUAGAAAAGACUAUAGGAAUGAUGGAAAGUAAGUUUGAGAAAAUCAAGGAAAAGUAA